AUGCCCAGUGUGCACCGGCAGUCUGUCCCUACAAUCGGCAUCGAUAACCCCGUGCUCGAAGCCGAGUACGACAUCGUCCGCCAUUGCACCGAAUAUCUGGUCAAGAGCGGACUCAGCGACGUGCACACGCCAUUACCAUCGGCGUCAUAUUUUAAUAGCAAUGUAGGAAACCCAAACGUGUUUACAUUCGACCACGAUGAGCUGAGUCUCUGUUCGAGAAGGGGCAGCUACUCCAUCGAAAGUACGAUCACAGGAUUGCAGCCCACUAAAUAUCCGCGGCGUGGGACUUAUGGACCUUCAAACUCGAACAACAGCUUAACGGUGCCGUCUUUGCGAAAAACUCGAAAUCUCGAAGCAGAAGGCGGUCAGGCGCUCCAUCCGGGUAUCUUUGGCGCCGGGGACGCCUCCGCCCCGCCACCGAGCCCAGGUCAAAUCAGCACGGCCUCUGCUUGGAGCGGGGUGAUCUUCCACAACUUCCGGCGAACCUCAGACGCCGGAGUCAGCGACUUCUCCAGGGUGUCAAACGUGAGUAGCAGCCUGUCGGAGCAUCUCCGGAACCUCGUGCGCGCCUUCAGCAGCCGCACGCAGAGGGUCAAGGAAAGCACGCUACAGCCGCCCAGCCCUUCCUCGAUCUCAGACUGCGAAAACUCAGACGCACUUUCCGCAAUAUCAGCUGAACCUCAAUUCAGACGUCGGCUGGAUUCGUUCUUUCCGGAGCAUGUCGAAGGCGAUACGGUUUCAGAGAUCGCGCGUUUCCGCGAAGAGCAGGAAAAUGAAAAGACGAAGAAAUAUGCGUUGCCGAGAUGGUUACGAAAGCUCCAAUUUCCGCAUGUAAUCGAACCACAAAGUAAGCUGUACCUAUUCUGGCUGUUUAUCGUCACGUGUGCAUUCUUGUACAACGCCUGGGUGAUUCCGCUGCGAGCCGCCUUUCCCUACCAGACAGACGACAAUAUCAUGUACUGGUUGAUAGCAGACUACACGUGUGACGUCAUUUACAUCCUUGAUAUCAUGCUGUUUAAAUCUAGGAUUAGCUUUCUGAACAGCGGUCUGAAAGAGACACAUCGAUCGAAAACAAGGGCAAACUAUUUCCGAAAACGCAUCUUCAAGUUUGACGUGGCCUCCCUGCUUCCCCUCGACCUUCUGUACCUGAUUCAGAUGAAGGUCAACCCGUGGUACCGUUUGCCAAGGUUACUAAAGGUCCAGACCUUUUGGGAGUUCUACUCGCGAUGCGACCAUCUCGUGCGAUCUGCCCAUGCUGUGCGGAUAGUCAAGACGAUCACGUAUAUGUUGUUCCUUAUUCACGUUGAGACGUGCGGCUACUACGCCAUAUCCGAGUAUGAGGGAUUCGGCUCCAAUCGAUGGGUCUACAACGGUCAGGGCAUAGCAUACAUACGCUGUUUCUAUCUGGCAACAAAGACGGCGACAUCCAUCGGCAACAAUCCCAAACCAACCAAUACGUUGGAGUAUUCUUUUAUGACAGUAUACUGGGUCUCCGGUGUCUUUGUGUUCGCGCUUCUGAUUGGUCAGAUUCGCGACAUUGUGGACGCCGCCAACAUGGUAAAGAGAACGUACACAAAGCGCAUGGACGCCGCGUUGAACUACGUGAAGAACAUGAACCUCCCAAAGGAGACGCAGGAUCGAGUGAGGACCUGGUUCAUAUACAACUGGCAGCAGCAGAAAGUCAUAGACGAGCGGCAGAUGAUGAACGCCUUGCCGAUGAAGCUCCGGAAGGACCUCGCUAUCCACGUGCACUUUAACACGCUUAGCAAGGUGAAGCUCUUCUCCGAUUGCGACAAGACGCUGCUCUACGACCUCGUGCUCAAGUUGAAACCCAUCUUGUACCUGCCCGGAGAUUACGUGUGCAAAAAGGGCGAGAUCGGGAAGGAGAUGUACAUCGUCAGUCAGGGGAUUGUUGAGGUGGUCGGCGGUCCAAACAACGCCCUCGUGUUAGCCACGCUUAGAGAGGGAUCCGUGUUCGGGGAAAUAAGUCUGCUUGCGAUGGCGGCAGAGGGUAACAGACGGACGGCGGACGUCCGUUGUAAGGGCUACACAAACCUCUUCAUUCUGUCGAAGGCGGAUUUUGAGGCGGCCAUGAAGGACUACCCCGACGCCCACAAGCUGCUGAAGAAACGAGCAAAAAAGCUGUUGCGAUUUAACGCGCGCAUCGAACGACAGAGCCAGAGUUCCAUUGACAACACAAAAAUCAACGCGCCAAACAUCAUCCGCAGUCCGCCUGGAACUCCGAAACUCCUGAAAACUGUCAUACAGGUUAUGGAUCCUGAUUCUACGCUGGUUCGGAAGUUGAGUAGCCGUCGACACUCCAAGAGUGCAGCCGGCGCGAUCGACAAGAGCGGGAACGACAAUAAGGCUUUUGAACCGUGCUUCGAUCAGACAAGUUCCACAGACGGGCCGGCGGACGCUGUCGAUUUAGCGGAAGCGUUUUAUGACGAUUUUCUCUCGAACAAAGACUGGAGCCGGGAGCAACUCGAACUGUUAUGGGGAGUCAGGAACCAAAAUGAAGAAUUGGAAGGUUUGCAAAACAAAGACGAGAGUGUGCCUGCCUCGGAAACAGAUGAUGACGAGUUCCUGAGCCUCGUUGACAGCAACGGCUCCCUAGCUGAAUUAAGGCAGCUCGAGGAAUCAGAGUCCGACGACAAUGACCUCUCCCCUACACCAUACGGCUACAAAUCCUCUGUGCCAUUUUCGUUUAGUCCGCCGGAUCAAGAGGAGGCGAAGUAUAUGUCCGUCGAUGCUGAAAUAAAAAAAAUAACCUCCGACAUGUUUGGCGAUAUCCAAUCAACCACAGUGGCGAGGUCGAACGCCUCUUCCGUCAGUCAACAGAGCCAACGGAAUGAGCAAGCAGCGACUGUGAGGAAAGGCUGCCUCAGUUUUAAUCUGUGGGAUGACAAAUAUGCUCAGGCCUUGGCAAAUGGUUUCACGAUAAUAAUUGACUCCGUUAAUGAUACCGGUACUGAUGUUGAUGAAAGUUAUUUGGGCGGUCUAAAUGCCAAUAAUAAAACAGAGACAGAUUCCGAAAGAAUGGAUCUAAAACUUUUACAGAAUGUUUCAUUCAGUGAAGAAGACGUAAGCACCAAUGCCGUUGGCAACGUUGAAACCGAUAUAUCCAGUAACACUUAUAACUCUGAUAAGAGUGAAAAGGCACAAAAACUACCACCUUUAUCUGGGUCUGUGUAUAGACAAAAUUCUAAAAGGUUACUCAUAAAGCCAGCAUUAGCCGGUAAAGCCAAACAGAACAAACAUAAAAUGAGCUUGAACAUUAGAGUUGACACCGAAAAGAUGAUCCAGAACUCGCCAUAUGGUAAAAGUUCUCAAAGAAGCAAAAGAACAAUUAAGAAAGUAAAAUCACAAAACAGCAUCGAUGAAACUUCAAAAACAACGAAACAGCAAAACUGCCAUUCCAUAAAUUCCGAUCCAAAGGAGUAUACACAAAGGUUUCACGGUAAAGAUCGUGUUUCUAGUAGAAACACAACGGAUGAUGAAUCAUCUUGUUUUGAGUUAAUAAAUCUUUGUCCCGUGUUUUCGAUACGUGUGGCAAGCGCUAUCGAAGACAAUGUCAUAGACAACUCGGCCGAGCAACAGAUCACGUGUGUGGCUGACAUCCAUCGCGAAAAGACGCUGUCCCCAAGCAACGACGCGGAUAAGCGGUUGUCCUCGACCCCUGAGGGGAUUGCACGAAGACAUCGGAAAAUAAGCGAUAUCUCAAUCGAUUCUGUGCUAAAAGACGGGAGGGAAACACCUGUUUAAAUAUACGACAUAUAUUAAGAAUGCUGUCAUUAAGAUUUGGCAGCCGGUGUUAUUGAUCGUUUCAAACAAAAUAUGGGCUAUAUAAAACUUUUGUUGUAGCCCGCAACCGAUAUUGAUUUAAAUUGAUGAUAUCAUUAAAUUGAAUUAUACUCGAAUGAACUGAGUUAUUAAAAAAUGAUAUGUUUGUUAAUACUUAAAAGAUUUAAAUUGCUCCGGUGGAAUAUUUAUUCUUACCAUCGUUAACGUCAAAACAAUUAUAUUAUUUUUGUUUUGAUGAGUUAACAUGUAUAACGUCGCUUUUUGGUGUAAUAGUAUAAGAUUCAGUAAAAUGUGCGGACAUCGGAUCCAAAAAUUGAUGUAAAAAUGUCUAUAUUUAAACUUUAAAUUGCUCAAUUUGAACCGGUUCGGCAAAUAACUGUCAUUCCGAUAACAAAUAAAUGCAUUGAUAAGUAUUAGCAUAAGAGAGUCGUCAUUUUAACUUUAGAAUCGCCUUUUUUCAUUCUAGUCAUAAUUUUGACAAGGUCACGUAUACGUACGAGGUUAAUCUCGGCAUUCGGUCUUUGACUGUAUUUAUCUUUCUUAACGAACUGACAAGCUUAUUGUAUGAAUUUAUAAUUAAUUUAUCUAUAUACUGAUAACAGGAUGAACCUUAAAAUAUGAGUUGUUAUUUUUUUGCUUAUGUUCAUUUUUUUAUUCAGAUUUGUAUGCAUAUGUGGGAGCAGUGGUCUAAUGGUAGGACGCCCCGACCACUGGAAUUUCCUUGAGCAAGAAAUUUAUCCCACAUCUGCUCCUCUCCACCCAGGUGUAUAAAUGGAUACCUGUGAGGGAAAUUAGCCAAUGUGCCGUGGCUGCAUACUGCGCCAAGAUAUUAACGGACAACUGUAAAGCGCCUUUGAACGCACAUCUCGAGUAUGAAAAGGGCGCUAUAUAAAUGUAUUAUAAAAAUAAAACAAUAUGUAAGCUGAAUAUUCACAGUCGAUUAUUUAUCCUUUUAAAACGCAAAUACAUAUGUAUGUUAACACGCAUUAUCAAUUAUUGUGUACGGUUUAAACUAAAU